CCCUGUAAUUCUUUUCAUCUAGUGGACCCGUACACGCAGUGGUACCAGGUUAUGCAGGACUACUAUAAGCAGUUCUACCCGGGUUAUGAUUUUGGAAAUAAGUCACAAGCUCCUCGACAGCAACAGCGCCAUGUACCCAAAAGCGCUGUGCUUUUGACUCAUCAUCCAGCUCAGUCGACUGCACAGCCACCCCAGGGCACCCUUCCGGUGUUUGCUGGAAUGCCUGGUUGGCCUGGGCUGCCCCAAAGUCGCACCGCUCAUAAUCAGAGCGUUCCACAAAUGCCGGAUUAUGCUGCCUACUACUACCAAUACUACUUUGGUGCCAUGGCUGCGGCUGGUGGGUGGCCUGUUCCUGCGGGACGUACAACCCCAAAGGUCUUCAUCGAGCCCCACAUUCGUGCCACUUUAUCGACGCCCGGACUUCUGAUUCAAGUAAUUAGCGGUGUGUUGCCGAAUCGCCCUCAAGAGGGUGAACCAGGCCGUGUUGAGUUGCUUGACGUCUGCCAACUAGCUGCCGACGUGGUUGCUGAGGUUUCGUCGCGCCUGGCCGAUAUUUCGCAUUCUACCAGUAAACUCCACCGAAGCACAGCUGUCUUCCCUCCACCCCUGCAUGGAUCAAGCGAAGGUCAGGCUUCGACUCUGUCUGACAACGAGGAGGCUGAUGGUGACGAGGAGUACAUCGCCCUCAUAACCGCCUGGGACCGCACCGACCACACCUUCUACCCAGGUCCUCUCUGCCAUGGCACUACGCUCAAGCAUGACGUGCAGGCAUUCCUACGUGGCCGAGUGGAGGAUAUUGACGACCAUAUUCUUACCGACUGGGAUUCGGCUGGACUUCUGCUCUCUUACUUGGAAUUACUCGUUAAGAAUAAUGGGAUCGCCCAAGCAGGUGAUGUUAUAAACUUGUUGCUGGAGGAUGACAACCCCAUGGCCUACGACUAUACUACUGCCGCCACCACUUCAGCGUCACCAUUCUUUAAUGACCGUUCGUCUACUCUGCCUGCGCUCCAUCGCCAGAGCUCAUUCCGUGGUAACUACCUGUACAACUCUACCACUGUGCCAACCGACGACUUGUACGCUAGAGGGUCUCCACGCACCUUGACCCAUUCCGCUUCCACUGCCUCUUCCACAAGCGGCGCCUCGAUAUCAAAGUUACUGAGGAAAGGUGUGCUAGCUGGCGCCAGUUCAGUCCAAGAACGAGAUACUGCUUCUCUCAAUCGAUAUCGAGAGGUAAGGGCCUCGUGCCGCUCUCACGAGUUUCCGUUUGAGCCACGCAUUUUCAUGCUUCUCCUCUUGCACGGUCAUCCGUUGAAAGCCCUGGACCAGGCCUGUCAGCAGCAGCUCUGGGGCCACGCCUUCGCGCUCGCGCACCGAAUGGGUCCCGCUGCGCUUGAACGCGUGAUGGAGCGCUUCCUCGUCAAAGCCGUCGACCCCGCCGACCCUCUCAUCACGCUGUACCAACUCACCGCCGGGGAGAUGCCACGAUAUGUCAACCAAUUGGCCUGUGCCACUGUGGCAUGGGCGGCGGCGUCGGCGGCGGCAGAAGCUCUCGACCCAGUUCUGGGGUUCCCAAUUGUCCCUGUUGAUGUCUCCUCUUGUUGUGCAGUAAAGAAAGGCUUUGAUGAGGAUGUGGUCGACGAUACGGCUCACCCUCUCCCCGUGUUUUUUUAUGUCAGCACACAACUAUUCGUAUUUCCAUUUGCCUUUCUCUGUCAUUGCUUCUGCUUCUACUCACUGACCGCCCAUCUGUUCACUUUUCCCCGGACAGUCGCUGACGCUCGCGACUGGCGUCGUCACGUGGCGAUGCUCCUCUCAGCGCCGGAGGGCCACGAGGGCCUGACGCGAGAGGCCCUGGAACACGUGGGUCAGUCCCUCCUCACGCACCACCUCCUCUUCGCUGCCCACCUGUGCUUCCUGCUGGCCGCCGCCUCCGCCACCUCCGCGAGCUCGGCCCCACACUUCCCUCACAGCGUCUGGCUCCUCGGCGUCGAGGCUCCCAAGACCACCGAGGUGCAAAAUCGCUUCGCCAUGACCACUGCUGUUGAGCGUGCGCCCACUGAAGCCAUUCAGCUGACCGAGGUCUACGAGUAUGCACUGGCUUUGGCGACGCGGGACAAACACUUCUUUUUGCCGCAGUUCCUGCCUUUCAAGUUCGCCUACUGUCUGCGGUUGCUCGAUGCGGGUCUUGUGGAGAAGGCCUUCCGGUACCUCAUGGUUCUGAGUCACGCUCUAGUUACUCUCCUCGAACAACCGGAUUCUGACCUGUCACCAGCCGAAAUUCGUAGCCUCUUCUUGAUGAUAUCACAGUGCCUCCGGCUGUCAGAACAACUGCAAUGCCACCCCGAAGUUGGCAGCUUCGAGUCCGGUGACAUUCUCGGCGGUGGCAGCUCUCGGCGGUCGGCAGUCAACUUGGAUUGGUUGGAGCGCUUGAGAGAGGUGUACCUACGCAUGUGCGGUGUGGUGAGCCACCUCGGCCUAGCCACUGAAUAUCAUCCGUACUCUGAUUCGCUUCGGCGACCUCAGGAAGAUGGGGAGGGUCAGGAGCCGCCGGAAGAUCCAUCUGCGAUGCACCCACCGGCUGCCUCGACGCCAUUUCAGGCUCGCCAAGAUCGUCCACCGUCAACCAGGCCUCCGCAACAACCGGAGCAUCAGCACCAUCACGUUCAUCACCAAAAUCCUCAGGCUUCUGUCACAAACUACCAGUCGAGCACACCGGUGCACAUCACCUCGACGUCCCAGGCCCACGAGACGCCCGGCACGGAACCGGCGUCGCACCCCUCCAUCACUGGUGCCCCCCAUCACCACUCGGAGGCGUCGCAUCCUUCGCGUAGGCCAUCCCAUGCGUCUGUGAAGGACGUCGUCGUCUCGCGUCCAGCCGAGGUAAAAUCUCGUAUAACCACUGAGAUGUCUUUUUCCACUGCUUCUAGUACUCUGCAUGCGUUGAUUGUUGUUGUUCUUUUCGCUGAUCAGGUGCCUCCCCCGUCCCACGCAUCGUCGUCGACGCAUCAAGCAGAAUCCACCACCAGCAGCAGCAGCAGCGCAAUCGAACCGGGACACGCGAGUGCCGUUAGCCAGCCUCCCUUCUCGGCGCCGCGCGACCCCCAACCUGCCACAAACAGCGUCAAUUACGACUUCUUUGUGCCCGCUGUCAGCGGCGACCGGGCGAACCCCGACGCCUCCUCAGAUCCACCUCCCUACGACUACUUUGCCGGGCUUUCCAUGACUCAGGUGAGCGCUUUCGCGUUUGUGCACUCCAAACCCACAGCCGAACCAGUUCGUGACCACGCUGCCCUAGUUCAUGCGGCGUCGCGCUCCCGGACGGUGUCGGUGGCGAGUUCCCACGAGAGCUCCAGUCUCGCGACGAGCGCCUCCCCCUCCCUCGCCGGUGGUGGUGGUGGUGGUGCGCACCCCGCCAACGCAGCCUUCCGCCCCCGACAGCCCAGCACCAGUGAGCAAUUCCCUUCAUUUCCUCCUGCCCUCUCCCCCUUCCCGCAGCUACUACCACCUCCCAGUCGGCAUCGCGAGUGCGAUGUGCCGGGAGGAGCGCCGAAGAACACUCAGUGCCAUCGACGCUGGCGUCUGUCCUCGGUCGGUAGUGAUGGUGACGAAUCGCCCUGCACCUCCCGAUCGUCCACCCUGAGGGACAGUCGUUCUCGCAACACCGGUCGCGCAAGUCUACCUGGUGAGGCGCCACCGUCCCAUGCACAACACCCACCUCCAGUGUUCACGACAGCGCCUCCACAGCCCCCUGUGAGCAAACCUCGGCCGACAAAGACCCAUCGUGAACCCCAGCCAGAGCCGGAACAGGCGCAGUCCGACGAGGCCAAGGCGAAUGCGACCGGAAAAUCUGGUUGGUUCUCCGGUCUGUUUGGACGAAGGAAAGGUGGUCAAGAAGUCUACCUGCCAGAUGACUCAAACCCAUCUGUAAGUUCUGCUAACGGGGCAUGUCGCCUCUUCCCCCACCCCAGCUGUGCCAGUUGCUGCGGCAGUCUAGGGGAGCUAGACCACUUCACGCUACGCGCUCACGCGUAUGGCUGA